CGCGUUCCUGCUUUUGUUGAACGUUCUGUCUUGCCUCCAGCACCAAAGCCCUUUAACAACAACAGAGAAACGCCCUUCGCGCCACUUGGGUUUUUGUCUCUCCAAGCCGCACUCGUUGGUUCUUCACAGCCCGCGACAUCUGCUCAGUCCCCUGCCCCGCACCCGCCCCAGGUCCUUCACUCUUUUCCAAAAUGGCGGAUAUUAAUGUCGACGUUCUUGUUAUCGGCGCCGGCCCGACCGGUCUCGGUGCGGCCAAGCGUCUCAACCAUAUCAAUGGGCCGUCCUGGUUGAUUCUGGAUGCCAACGAGAAGGCUGGUGGUCUUGCGUCCACCGAUGUUACUCCUGAGGGCUUCCUCUACGACGUUGGCGGCCACGUUAUCUUCUCGCAUUACAAGUACUUCGACGACUGCCUCGACGAGGCCCUUCCCAAGGAGGAUGACUGGUACCAUCACCAGCGCAUCUCGUACGUCCGGUACAAGGGCCUCUGGGUUCCUUAUCCUUUCCAGAACAACAUCUCGAUGCUGCCCAAGGAGGACCAAGUCAAGUGCAUCGACGGGCUUAUCGACGCCGCCAUGGCCGCUCAGGUCUCCACCACCAAGCCCAAGGACUUCGACGAGUGGAUUCUGCGGGUUUGCGGCGAAGGCGUCGCCGAUGUCUUCAUGCGGCCGUACAACUACAAGGUCUGGGCUGUGCCCACGACCAAGAUGCAAUGCGAGUGGCUCGGCGAACGUGUCGCGGCGCCCAACCUCAAGCUGGUCACCAAGAACGUGAUCCUCAACAAGGUUGCCGGCGGCUGGGGUCCGAACGCCACUUUCCGAUUCCCUGCCAGAGACGGAACGGGCGGUAUCUGGAUCGCCGUGUCGAACACGCUUCCCGAGGAGAAGAAGCGCUAUGGCGAGAAGGGUGAGGUCACCAAGGUCGACGCGCAAAAGAAGAUUGUCACUCUGAAGGACGGCACGACGAUCGGCUACGGCAAGCUCAUCAACACCAUGCCCGUGAACCAGCUUGUCGAGAAGAUGGGCGACCAGGAGCUCAUCAACCUGGCCAAGGGUCUCUACUACUCGUCCACCCACGUUAUCGGCGUGGGCAUCCGUGGCGAGCGCCCGGAGCGGAUCGGCGACAAGUGCUGGCUCUACUUCCCCGAGGACAACUGCCCCUUCUACCGCGCUACCAUCUUUUCCAACUACUCGCCGUAUAACCAGCCGCAGGCUGACGUCAAGCUGCCGACUCUCUACUACGCCGACGGUAGCAAGCCGAAGAGCAGCGAGCCCAAGGAGGGCCCGUACUGGUCCAUCAUGCUCGAGGUCUCCCAGUCGACCAUGAAGCCGGUUGACGAGGAGAACCUGCUGAAGGACUGCAUCCAGGGCCUCAUCAACACGGAUAUGCUCAAGCCCGAGGACGAGAUCGUCUCGACCUACCACCGCAAGUUCAACCAGGGCUAUCCCACCCCGACGCUCGAGCGGGAGGGCGUCCUCAAGCAGCUUCUGCCCAAGCUCCAGGACUUGGACAUCUGGUCUCGCGGCCGGUUCGGCAGCUGGAGGUACGAGGUUGGUAACCAGGACCACUCGUUCAUGCUCGGUGUGGAGGCGGUCGACAACAUCGUCACCGGCGCCGUUGAGCUGACGCUCAACUACCCCGACUUCGUCAACACGCGCCAGAACAAUGAGCGCCGGCUCGCCCAGAACUUCUACAGUGCGGGGUCCUCAAGCAACCUCCCCUCCCGGCCUGCGCCCAAGGCUUAAAGGGGUGAAGCGCGAAUUCGCGGAAGCCUAGAGCACCCAUGGGGCUCUGGGUCGCAUGCAUAGCGAGCGGGGACUGGUCGCAGGCAUUCUGUUUUCGCUAGACUCGCAUGGCACGAUCUCUUCGAUGCAGCAUGCUCUUGGGAUCGGAGAGGUGGAGUUAGGAGGAAAAAAAAAAGGCAAGUAGCUGGUUCUGGAGGGAACAACGAGGUUGGGACAACGCAACCCCUCGUUGUUUGUGGGACAAGGACGAGGGCUGCGUGUCCAUCUAGAGAUGCUCAGUAAUCGUCCCGCUAGUUGUCUGGUAUAGAACCCGAUUACGGGUGAUAGAAUAUAAUAGAUCAUAAGAGCAAGACAGCAUACGAAACGCGG